AUGUCGAAAGGCACAUCACCCGACCACUUAGUUGGUGAGACAAGCUUUAUUGAUAUCUGCCCCACCGCCAUCGAGGGGGAGGCGGCGGCCCUAUUGUACCCCAUUGACGAUGACAGACAGAUGCUGCGCUGUGCGCUGUCCAUCUCAAACUAUCGCGUUUUGAUCUCCCCUGGGAAGAAAGGUAGCGCCGAGGAUGAAUUGGGUUUCUCGCUACCGCUACUAUCGAUUGCUUCAUGGAAUGUGCAGCGCAGAGCACUCAAAGCAACAACGCGUGCGGUAUUUCAGUGGGGACGAGAGCAAACGGUUGCUGACCACGACACGGUAACGCGCGCAAUGGACGAAACAACGCCACCGCCGCUUGCCCAAAGUAACUUCCCUUCAGCCGGGUACACGUUGAAGAUUUCAUCGAAGCACCUUUGGGAAGUGGAGGUUCUGUUGCAAGGAGAGCGCGUGGCCAACACAGUGAGAGACCUCUGGCGAUACUUCCACACCACGCAACUCAAGGGCAUGCCGGCUUUCCUACUCUACAGGGAGCGUUACGCCGCACUAUGUGAAGAUGCCGUUUGUGAUAAUGAUGAUAUUCAUGAAGAAAAUCACAGGGAGGAUAAAAAGAACAAUAAUAGCAGUAAUGAUGAUGAUAAUAAUAAUAGGGAUAAGAAUAACGACGAAUUGACCAAUGGGGAUGAUGGUGGUCGUUGUGGUUUCGAGAACCACAUAGACAUGGUCGAGUUCGGCUGGAAUCUGUUCGACGCCGACCGAGAGCUGGAGAGGCAGUUGUCAUUGUACCCCGGUACUGCCGUGCCAAGUGUCAGCGAUGUGUCCCGCGUCGGUAUCAAGCGAGACUUGCGGCCAUGGUUUCGUUUGACAAGUGUUAAGCAGUCAAAGAAUAGCUACGGCAAGUCGCCAACUUAUCCGUUCCGUGUGGUUGUCCCCAACGCGGCGAGUGACGAGCUGUUGGAAGACGUCAUGGCGGCUCGCUCUCGAGCACGUUUCCCUGCCAUUUCCUUUGUGCAUCUUGGAAGCGGCGCGGUGCUUGCGCGAUCCUCGCAGCCCUUGGCGAGGUCGCCGGCGCUGCGUCAGGACGGUGAGCUCUGUCGCAUGUUUGCAAACAGCGGUUAUCAUGCCCACAACGCCGAACCAAGAAGCGAGCCUCCUGCUGUGGUACCUAUCGUGCCAAUCAGCACUCGACAGGCACCACCACCCUCCCUAUUUGACACGGGAUCGGAGGAACCUCCGGCACAGCGUUUCCCCGCUGCCACGCACCAGGACACAACGUCAACCACGCGAUCUCAACGAACACUCUACGUCGUUGAUUGCCGACCAUCCAACGCGGCCCAUGCGAAUCUUGCCAUGGGCGGGGGCUACGAGAGCGGUGCUACGCACGACUUCUGUGAGGUUAAGUUUCACGGCAUUGAAAACAUUCACAGUGUCUCCAAGUCCUUUUCGAAGUUGAAGGCCCUCAUUCAUCGGUUCAACGGAAAGCAACCGAAGGAGAAUUUUCUUUCGCAGCUUCACGAGACAGGAUGGCUCUAUCACAUUCAAAGGUUGUUAAUUUGCUCCAACAAGAUUGCGGAUUCCCUGGACCUUGGGGACUCCUGCCUCGUGCACUGUACCGAUGGAUGGGAUCGCACACCGCAAUGCACCGCCACCGCAAUGUUGCUGUUGGACCCAUUCUAUCGGACCAUCGUCGGUUUUAGUGUACUAGUAGAAAAAGAAUUUUGCUCAUUUGGCCACAAGUUUGCCGAACGGUGUGGCCAUCAGGUGCAGGGAGAAACCAGCUACACCUCCGAUGCGGGUGUUUCCGGAUCCGACACGGAGGCGCAGCAAUCGAACACAAAGUUGCAGCCUUCUCCCAUCUUUUUGCAAUGGAUGGACGUGGUGUUUCAGUUGGUGCGUCAAUUUCCACGGCACUUUGAGUUCACCACGCGGCUACUGGAGUACCUCAGUGAGGAGGUGUACGCCUGCCUGCACGGAACAUUUCUCUGC